CAAACACAGGGCUGUGUGGCAUGGGGUCAGCGCUGAGGUUGCCUUUUCCACUGGACCGGACGGCCUUUUACAGCACGGCACCGAGAAACUGUGGUUGAGGUUGAUCACGGGCCUGCUGAGGCUACAUGAAGGAACAGCCCAUCCACGGCAGGUGUGUCUCCUCUUCUCGGGGGUAAACUUUAGCGUCGGCAGUGUGACUGGUCUGGCGUGGCUGCUGCAGGGCCCGGCGAGGCUCAUCUUGUUAAGUCGUGGCGGUUUAAGACUUUUAGUCAGCCACUUGUCUGGCUGGAGGUCGCGGCCGAGGGAGCGUGGCUGCCGCAUUGUGCGCGUGGCGUCCCAUGUGCUGCACGGAGCGCCUUUUGUGUCUCCCCAUUCCGCGUCAUCGACCUGUCUGCCGACUGAGGUUGGAGGCGGAAGCGUGGCCUUCAAACCGGUGCAGUUCCCCAUUAGGCGUAGCAUCCAAUUCCUACGGAGCUGUUGGUGCCGCUGGUAGGAGUGACUGGUUGAUCCCGGUGGUGGUUCCCUUCAUUUUUUCGUUGCAGUGCACCUCGGUGUCACUAGUUGGUGUGUGGUUUGUUUUUGUUUUUCACGUGUGGUGGAACAUUAGGCCCCUUCCCCCUCAGCAAGUCCUCUCUGCCAGGGAGCCCUCAGCCCCCUCCUGCACGUUGCCUUCCAUGGUAACCUGAAUGACUGAGAACCUGAGAAAGAUUUUAUUGAACUUUGUGAUCGUGACUGUAUUUUAGAAAAUAAUUUGAUAUUAAAAUAAACUUGUAUAAUUUUGUUUGUAGGAUCACGUCCAGUACCGGUGUUGUCUGCACCUGUGUCCUGUCAUUGACCUCAGACUGGUGGUCCCUGUUAAUUCCUGAGGUGGCGUUGUUGGCUUUUAGCCGUAAAAUACAGAUCUCCCUCUUCGCCACACAACACUUAACGAAGUGUUAACAAGUUAACUUUGUGUGUUAAAUACACUGUAGGAAGAGUUAAAUCCAACACCAAGAAGUGUGACACUGUACAGUUACAUUUCAAAUCCAUCAAGAGUUGCAAAUAAAUCCGAUCAUGUUAAAUACACUAGAGUAAAAGUGUCCUUGACACUAAUAACUCCAGUUCCUUGGUACAAUUCAUGUAACAUUUGAAUCAACUUUUCAACAACUACAACUUUGCACUUCAACACUUUUGCCUAACACCGGAAAAUGUGUACGCUUUUAUUUUGGCUACUUGUGUGAACCGACUUCGUCACGUCCUGGUUUGAUUCCCAUGCUCUCCAUUAUCAAAUGCUGUUAACCUGCUUGCUCAAACAGGAUGAUUCCGCCAUUAUGUCACGCCUUUGCGAUAACACUCACAAGUCAAGAACAAUAAUGCGCAUUUGGGGAAUGCACGAGUGGACAAUCGGUGGUUGUAAGCGCCAUCUAGUGCUAAAGGACACUGCCUCGGACAUCGGUCCCCUAAAGCCCAAAUAAUCUGUACAGGAAAUCCGCUAGCAUUUGGUGAUAAGAGGGACUUUUGUUUUCGCCAAGUGGCUGGUUGGGGUUGACCGUGGGUGGAGCAGAGGAGUGUGCCAAGGUGUGCGUAAAGCUGUGCGUAAAGCUGUGAGUUCCGCUUGUCUGGUGACGCCCCCGCGCGCUCUCACCUCACUGCUCAGUUUCAGUGACGCACACUGGGACCCGAAGGAGACGAGGAGGACUCGAUGCCUCCGCUUGGUCUCAUCUUCAGGACAGAUUGAGGAGGUUCGGUUCGAGACAUGAGCGGUGUUUGGGCAGAGGAUGGGGACGAAGCUCAGGAGGAGGUGCGGUCCUGUCCGCCCUGGUCGGAGGAGCGCUGCGAGGAGCUUUGGGAUAAGGUGGAGGGGGUACGGCACAAGCUCACGCGCAUCCUCAACCCGGCCAAACUCACCCCGUAUCUGCGGCAGUGCAAGGUCAUUGAUGAGCAUGACGAAGACGAGGUGCUCAACUCCACGCAGUACCCGCUGCGCAUCAGCAAGGCCGGUCGUUUGCUGGAUAUUCUGCGGGGUCACGGCCCGCGAGGCCUCCAAGCCUUCAUGGAAUCGCUGGAGUUCUACCACCCGGACCAGUACACACAGCUGACCGGAGAGCAGCCCACCCAGCGAUGCUCCCUCAUACUGGACGAGGAGGGCCCGGAGGGUUUGACCCAGUUCCUCCUUCUGGAGGUGCGUAAGCUGAGGGAGCAGCUUCGUAUCAGUCGCAUGUACGAGCGACGGCUGUCUCAGCGCUGCCGGGUGGCAGAGGACGAGCGCAGCCUCGCCGACCGCAAAGCUCAGGAGCAGCGUCAGGACAGACUGCAGCUCGAGAGGCUGCGUCAGGACUUGGAGUCUGCCAGUCGAGAGCUGGGCAAGCUGAAGGACAGGCACCUGGAGCAGGCUGUGAAGUACUCCAGGGCCCUGGAGAAGCAAGGGAAGGCCUCCACCCGCGAGAGAGAACUCCUGGGCCAGGUAGAUGAGCUUCGGUCCCGCUUGACAAAGGCAGAGCAACAAGCAAUCAACCCGGCAGGGAACACAACGCCGGCAAAGAGAAACAGUUUGCACUCUAAUGGAAAAAAGGGUUUUCCACCUGCUUUGCCAAAAAAGCCGCUGCACCUCCCGGAGGUUCACGAAGCGGAGAAUACAGGAAGUCUGAUGAGGAACUCAGUCCCUGCCUCCGGAGUUAUAGCCCUGAUGGACAUCCUGCAGCAGGACCGCAGGGAGGCCUCAGAGCAGAGGCAGGAGCUGUGUGACAUCAUUACCAGACUACAAGGAGAGCUGCAGAGCACCGAGGAGCGCUGGGAGAAGCUGGAGUCGCAGUGCGAGCAGCUACAGCUGAAGGUGAGAACUCUCCAGCUGGACUGGGAGACUGAACAGAAGAGAAGCGUCUCCUAUUUCAACCAGAUCAUGGAGCUGGAAAAAGAGAGGGACCAGGCUCUGCGGAGUCGGGACAGCCUGCAGUUGGAGUACACCGACUGUCUGCUGGACAAGAACCGACUGCGCAAACGCAUUGGCGAGCUGCAGGCCGACCAGGAGCAGCUGCGGAGCGAGCUGGAGAGAGAGAGGGAGAGGGGCAAAAUGGAGCAGAGCAGCCCCGGUCUGCACCGUUCCCACCUGUCCCUCUGCAGCGAGGACCAGUGCUAUGGCCCCUGCUGUUCCCUGGACCUGAGACCCCAAGCCAAUGGCGGCCACCUGCUGCUACGAAAGACGCCAUCGAGGGGCCAGGCCAAUGAAAACUCAGAUGAUUCUCGCUCCAACUCGGAGGAGAAUCUCCUCUCAUCAACAGAAGACAAUGAAAAAGAAAUAAAUCGACUCUCUACAUUCCCCUUCCCACCGUGCAUGAACUCCAUCAACCGACGGUUCAACACUGAUAGGUUUGACUUGGAUUCGUGGGGCAGUGAUGACAACGAUACCAUUACAGGCGAGCAGAGUGAGCCUUCUUUGUGUGAUUCCUGGAACUCGCUACAUUCUCAUCUCUUCCCCCCCGACCUGGUCAACCUGCCUGCAGUCUCUUCACAGCAGCCCGGUCCUGGUGUUUUCAGGACACCCUUCCGCUCCCCUCCCUCGAGCCCCCCCCUCUCACCAAAGAUCAGGAGAGCCAGUCUAGCGGACGAUAUUACAAUAGUCGGAGGAAACCAAACGGGAAUCUUCGUCAGCCACGUGAGAGCCGGUUCCCCGGCUGAGCUCUGCGGACUGAAGGAGGGCAGCGAGUUGCUGGAGCUGGAGAAGGUCCUGUUUGGUGGUGGCAGCGUGCCGCUCGGCCAGUCCACCGCUGAGGUAGCCCACUUUUCUCUGCAGUGGUGGACGGAGCCUUCAACACUCAAGCACCAGAGCAAUCCAGAGGCAUACUCCAAGCUGUGCUCCCAGCUCUCGUCGCCCACUUUCAUGGGUGCAGACUCCUUCUAUGUGCGAGUUAAUCUCAACAUGGAGCCUUGCGGUGACACGCCGUCUCUGGCAGUGUCCUGUGAUGACAUCAUACACGUCACGGACACAAGAUAUGAUGGAAAAUACAAUUGGUACUCUUCCCUGGUGGACCCACACUCAGCCAAGCCCCUGCAGGCAGGAACCAUGCCCAACUACAACAGGGCACAACAGUUGUUACUCGUUAAACUACGAAAAAUGGCCCUGCAGGAAAAGGAUUUCAGAAGGAAGUUCAUGAGGAAAGCAACCGGACGAGUACGACUGGUCAAGGCAGUGGAUCCCAAUUGCCGUGGGAUUAGUUCCGCAAAGCCGGUCCUUUACACGCUCAGCAAACGUCACGAGGAGCACUUGAUCCCGUACAGCUUAGUGCAGCCGAUGCAGGUUCAGACAAAGCGGCCGGUCAUCUUCUCCCCCUCUGUUCUCUCCCGUGGUCUCAUAGAGAGGCUGAUGCAACCUGCCGAGUCGGGUUUGAAGUUCAACACCUGCUCACCAGAGCCCAUCCCGGCUUCAGAGACACAAGACAAGAGAGUGUUCCUGUUGGAUCCCUGCAAUCCAGAGGCAACUCUCGGAAUACGGCUGCAAUCAAUACAGGACGUCAUCAGCCAGGACAAGCACUGUCUGCUGGAGCUGGGGCUGGCCAGUGUCGAGGGCUUAUUGAGACAGGGGGUGUUCCCCAUCGUCAUCCAUAUCCGCCCUAAGAACAAAAAUCGCAAGAAGCUGAGGAAGCUUUUCCCGCGGUGUGGGGAGGAGAGCGCGAUGGAGGAGAUGUGCCAGGCCGAGGAGCUGCAGCUGGAGACGUUGCCCCUGCUCUACUACACGCUGGAGCCCAGCUCGUGGAGCUGUACCGAUGAGCUGCUGGCAGCCAUAUGCAAUGCCAUCCACGGCCAACAGAGGACACUGGCAUGGCUCGAACUGGAUAGGUUGCAGUAGAGGAGGAAAAAACGAAUAUUUAUUUUCAUUAUGCAAACUACACACUAUAUUCUCUUGGUUUGGAAUCAAUAAUCUGACAGCUGCCAGCAGGUACCAAACAACAGCGAGAGGGUUUUCUGAAAAGAUUAACGUUUGGUGUUUUAUCAUCAUACUACAGUAUUUUAAGGGAGAACGAUUCGCAAGUAAUCUUAAUAAUUCUAAAGAAUUAGCAUCUUUGUAGCCAAGCUGGACUUGUUAAAUUAAAACAGAUUUCACCAACUUUUUGCAGGAACCGUUGCCAUACAGACCUCACUGAAAGUAGCAUCACAUUACUGUCCUUUAAAUGCUCAAAGGAUGACAUAAGCUGACCUUUUAAGGCAUUUUGGUCACUGGCUAUUCCGUUAUGGUGUGUAUGUGAGCAGAAAUAUAAACCGUGUGGACGCGAAGAGGGAUAAACUAGUUGUAGGGGAUUGUAUUGUAAGCUGGGAUGUAGUGUAUGCAGUGCUCAUCCACAUUUUGUAUUUGGAGUAAAUACUGUGACCUUCUGGGACUGACAUGGUGUUUGAGGUCUAAACCCAAUAAACAGUUCAUACUGAAAAGUAUCACACCGACAUAACUGUAUUUAUACAAAAAACGUUUUGGGGCUAUUUUAGGGGGAUGUGUAUGACUGUGAGUAAGCUUGUGCUGCAUUUGUACUACGCUGGACAGAAGUUGUACUAAAUAGUGUUUUUACCGCAAAAUAUAUUUUUUAAUUUUGUAACCUGUUUGAUGAUAAUUAAAUUAAUGCUGAUGAAAAUAGA